AUGACUGACAACGGAGCCAAUGACUUUUGCCCAGUCAUCGAUUGCUACAACCUGUCAGAGACUUCAAUUCAAGCAUAUCCUGACAUCUCGGGCAAUGGUGUUUUGAUUGGCUUUAUGGGAACAGCCUAUCUUGUACUGCUAUUGGUCAUUGGCAACUAUUUCCUCGCAUAUGACCCCACGGAUUGCCCCUUUCAAAUCGGGAACUCAAAGAACGAGAACAUCAACAGAGAGCUGUGGCGGCCAAAUCCGAUCGAUGAGCGGUUCCUCAGGUGGUCAAUUAUCAUGCUCUGCGAUGUGCAAGUCGUCACCGGCCUCGGAAUUCUCAUCAGUGGAUUUGUCCUUUUGCGAUGUGGUCUGGACGCUAUUCACUGGCAAAUAGCCGUCUUCCUAGCGUGGUUUUCUACUGUCACUCACCUUUCUGGACUAGAGGUUCUGCGGACUCAUCUUAACACCUACGUCUGGUCAAAGCAUCUCCGAUUCUCACUUAUGUCCCUUCUCCUGAUCCUUCUCUUAGUGGGCAUCGUACCCACUGGAUUCUUCAGCCUGCGGAACAGGAACUUUUCCUCGCCAGCUGUAUGCUACUUUAACCUGAAGUAUGGCUUUUGGAGAUUCAAGGAAACCCUGAGUCAAAGCGACUUCCCGGAGAUGCAGCUGGAACGUACACCCGCAUAUCAGGCUAUGGUGUACUCCAUGGUCUUGCUUGUUCUCGGCUUUGGUACCCGAUCUAUGAAGUUGCUCCACCCGUUGUCAAGGACGUUCAAGCUCAAUGUCAGACAACCGACGAGUCGUCGCGUAAGAAGACUUUUGACAGACUUUGCAAACACACCGGCAUCAUCGGAACGUAGGAAACUCCUCAAGACUGAACUCAUCUUGAAGCCUGCUUUGGCAGGAUUCUUUAUGGUCAGGCUUACGUCUGACUUUUUCAGCUCAUCCCUAUUUGAGGUCUAUUGGCUCUGUGUAAUCCUGGUCUGGGGCACUAUCAAGGUUCUCGGUACCCGCAAUGAGCUUCUUGGCCUCAUCGUGACAGCCGUCGACGAAGAUCAGCUCACGCUAGCUGAGGCAGAGAAUCAGUGGACCUUCGGGCAAAUACUGCCUGUAAUCCUCCUAUUCGGCCCGGUUUUCACGAUAUUCGGCACUUUUGUCCAUCACAUCACCAAGCCGGACUCUGCAGACUCUCAGCCCCGACAACAUGAAGUCUAUUCGGAUAGUGGGCUCAAUGAGGCCGCUAUAUCCGGUACGACGGUAGCUCCCAGUCUCGUCACAUCAUUCGAACAAGGGAGUAUGAAAAUACCAUCGAAGAAUGCCGGGCCCAAAGAGACAAUCGCCGACUCGCACGCUGAAUCGUGUGAUAUCGUUGAGGUUUUUGAUCAAGCCAUCCCACAUCUUGAAGAUUACAGGUGCGCAUCCUGGCUGCCCGUCUGCGCAGCCUUUCCGUUUCUGGGGCUGCUAGCAGCGGUGAUGAUGGCCUUCGCAGCAUCAUUCGUUUUCAACAACUACUUCCAGCCAGGUCUGACCUUGUACGAUCUCUGGAUCAGCGACCUCAACUUCGUCUGCAAUCUGUUCAUCAGCUACCCUUGCGCUAGUGCAACGACCAUUCGACUGGGCCUGUGGAUGGAAGGGGAACAUCCCGCAAAGACUACGCCCCGAGGAUGGAGACAGUUUCUGUUCUUUUGGGCCUGUGCACUUAUCUACUGUGCGGACUUUCUACUGACGAUGAGAAGGCCGCAUAUUUUUGAGCUUUCUCAUCGGUGGCAGUCGAUAUCGCCGAUUGGUGGGCUGAUGGUCACUUUAUGCUUGUACAUCUCCCACGCCGCCGUUGUGUCUCUGGGGACAUUGAGGAACAAUGUCAAUGCAGCAUGA